AUGAUACAUGGUCCUUGCGGAACAAAUAAUCCUUCUUCACCUUGCAUGGAAAAUGGUCCAUGUCAAAAGAAAUUCCCAAAGAACUACAGAGAUGAAACGCUUCUAAGUUUGAAUGGCUAUCCGGAGUACAGAAGACGCAAUACUGGAGUCACAGUUCAAGUUGGAUGUCACUCAGUUAACAAUAGAAAUGCUGUGCCGUACAAUGCCUACCUGCUGAAAAAGUACAGAGCUCACAUUAAUGUAGAAAUUUGUUCAUCCGUGAAAAGCAUUAAGUAUAUCUUCAAGUACGUGUACAAGGGACAUGACUGUGCUUCUGUUGAAGUAAGAGACAACCCAGCGGCAGAUCGUGAGCAGAAUCAAGCUCACGAUGAAAUUACUAACUCUCUUGCUUGCUGA